ACUCAGCUCUUCACUAGCUUAAUAAAUUAAGUAGUAGUCUCUUUUAGCAUAAAAAAAAAAGGCGUCGAGUUCAAUGUCUAGUUCUCAAGCCCAAGGAUCAUGGACUGCAAAGCAAAACAAGGCAUUUGAGAAGGCAUUGGCAGUGUAUGACAAAGACACUCCUGACCGUUGGUCCAACGUUGCCAAAGCCGUAGGAGGAGGCAAAACAGCUGCAGAAGUGAAACGACAUUAUGAAGUACUUGUCCAUGAUAUCAUGUUUAUUGAGAAUGGUGGGGUUCCCUUCCCCAUCUACACUGGAGGAGGCACUACUAAUAAUUAGCAUCAACUAAGGAUGCAAAUCUUUGGCUCCAACAAGUAAUGAGACGAAGAAAACAUGCAGCCUUACCUACGGUUACACCGCAUUUGCUUGCAA